AUGGGGUUUGUUACACCCGUGACACUUUGCCCAAAGCUCUUGUUGCGAGAAGCAUGGCAACAAGGUUUAAACUGGGAUGAGGAAAUAGCAGAGGAUUUGAGAAAGAAAUUUCUAACCUGGUUUGAUUGCCUAAAAGAUCUCAAUUCAAUUAGUUUUCCUAGGUGGAUAAAAUUUCCUUUAACUGACACUCAUUCAUGUUCUCUGCAUACGUUUUGUGAUGCAAGUAAAGAUGCAUAUGCAACUGUUGUCUUCUUAAGAGUGCAAAUAGAAGAUAAUGUAGACGUUUAUAUCUUAGCUUCAAAAUCUCGCUUAGCUCCGACGAAAGGUGCGACCAUUCCUAGAUUAGAACUUUUAGCGGCUCUGAUUGGAGCGCGAUUAACAAAACACAUCAUUGAUUCAUUGGGUUGCACAAGUAUUAAAGUGAAUUACUGGAGUGAUUCGACAACGAUACUCACGUGGAUAAGCAAAGAGGAAAAUUGGUCCAUCUUUGUCAAAAAUAGAAUUGAUGAAAUUAGAAAAUUAACUUCCACGACAUGUUGGUUAUAUGUACCAAGCGAAGACAAUCCUGCCGAUUUACCUUCAAGAGGUUGCAAUGCGAGUUCCUUUUUAAAAGGCAGAUGGUGGGAGGGGCCACAUUGGAUGAAAGAUCCGAUUGAAAAUUGGCCAUGUUCCCUUGUAAAUUUUCCGCUUAUUGACGAAGAGCAAGUUAUUAAAGAGAAGAAAAAAUGUCCAGUUUUGUUAACUACCGCAAAAAUAAUGAACAAAUCAGAUUGGAUGCAUCGCUACUUUUCAGACUAUAAACAGAUAGUUCGUUUAGUGGCAUGGAUUCUUCGCUUCAAACAUAAUUGUUCAGUUAAACAAAAUUUAAGAUUGUGUGGAGAGUUGAAUUCUCACGAAUUUAUCGAAGCUGAAACGAGAAUUGUAAAAGUAGUACAAGAAGAAUCAUUUUGUGAAGAAGAUAGAAAGAUACGCAAUCUCGAAACAUUUAAAGAUAGUAAAGGUGUCAUACGUGUUAGAACAAGGAUUUUGUACCGAGAUGACACAGACGAUUUUCUUAUGCCAGUACUACUUCCAUCAGAACACGAAGUCACAAAAAGACUUAUUUUGUAUGAACACAAAAGCAACUGUCAUGCUGGUACACAGGUUCUUUUGAAUAUAUUGAGAGAGAAAUAUUGGGUCCUAAAUGGUAGGAAAACUAUUAGGAAAAUUUUAUCGAAAUGCGUUACUUGUUUAAGACACAAGGCAAAGUGUCUUCAGUCAGACCCGACACCUCUUCCAGCCGAUAGAACAAAAGAUGCAGCCGUUUUUCAGAUCACGGGAAUAGACAUGGCAGGUCCAGUUUUUAUAAAAGAAAAGCAGAAAAUCUGGAUAAUAAUAUUUACAUGCGCAGUCUAUAGAGCGGUGCAUUUAGAAUUGGUGAAUUUUGCAUCUACUGAGAGUUUUCUGAUGGCCUUUAAGAGAUUUAUGUCUCGACGUGGUAGAGUGUCUAUGGUAUAUUGCGACAACGGCCCAAAUUUCGUCGGUGCGGCUAAUGCACUAAAGCUUAUUGAUUGGAACCAAGUCCUAAAGUCUGGAGCCGUGCAGACUAUUGUAUGGAAGUUUAAUCCCCCUGCUGCCCCAUGGUGGGGCGGUUGGUGGGAGAGGCUCAUUAGAAUUGUUAAAGAUCUUUUAAAGAGAGUCUUAGGAAAAGCAUAUUUGACAUAUGAAGAAAUGUCAACAAUAUUAACCGACUGUGAAAGGAUCGUUAACGCGCGACCAAUGACUUAUGUUUCUGAAGGUGAUAGUUUAAGACCUCUAUCCCCAGCAAUGUUUUUGCAUGACAUUAAAGAGACUAGUUUACCAGAUAUAGAAGUUUUAGACCAGAAAUCACUGAGUAGAAGAGUGAAGUACAGACAAAGAAUUUUAAAUGAUCUAAAGAAAAGAUUCAGAUCAGAAUAUCUCGGACAGCUUGUACAGAAACCUAAAAUCAAAAAUCUACGUUCCCUUCGAAUCGGGGAAAUAGUACUGAUCGGAAGCGAUAAUGCUAAACGUGUUGAUUGGCCUUUAGGAAAAAUUACCGAAAUUAUCCCUGGCAAAGAUAACAAAUCUCGACUUGUAAGGGUGAAAACCGAACGUUCAACAUUUCUUAGACCCAUUCAACGAAUAUUUCCGUUGGAAAUACCGUCAAUAGAUGACUUGCCUGUUGACGAGAUUGCUGCUGCAGAUAAACCAUCACGAUCAGCAGGAAUCAAAAGUUCAACCUUAGUUCCUGAGAGGGAAGUCAAGGACUGUGAAUCGAAGACUUACGCUACAAGAAGUGGUAGAGUUGUUCGAAAACUUCAAAAAUUGGACUUAUAG